UACUUCGUCGUCUUUGCCAUCGCCAGGCCAUCGCCAGCCAGCGUGUGUUUUGUAAUAAUUUAAAUUUUGCCAUUCUAGAUCAAAUUGUCGGGAACGGUACGCGCGCGCGGGUCUUUUUCCCUCGGCUCUCACAGGCUCGUCGUCGGCUGUCGUAAAAUUCGCGCUGAUGUUGCUUUGAGCAAUAAUCGUAGUAAAUUUACGCGACUUGACCGUCGUGGCUUUUUCGGCGAAAAUCACCCGAAACGAGUACGCAAAUUUCGCGCUCGAGCGCGGUUGCACCAGUAGGCGAGGUUGUUCGCGCAGCGCACGGAAAUCGGGUGGGGGCGAGUUUGAAUCCCGCGCGGGUACGCGGAAGUGUUUGUUUUUUCUUUUGCGUUCGUUCUUUUUUGACGAUCAGCCGACGGCUGAUUAUGUCAUUGCGCGGUCAUCGUGAACCGGCUUAAAUCGGAACGGAUUGUUGUUUUUGCGGGGUGCGAAUCUUCGGAACCGGAAGGAGUUUGGUGUGCUUACGCUAGUGUGUGAGUGAUUUGGGAAAGUCGUGCAAGGAAAAAUUAGAAGAAUCUCGUCAAAGAAGAUUUAAAAACCGGCGGCAAGAAGUUCGAAAAGAGUGUGAAAAUAGAUUUCCCUCCUUCUUCGCUUUGUGUGUGGUUAGUUCGGUGCCCGACGAAAGUUAGGUUAGGUUGGUGGCCGCGGCGGCGUGAUGGAUUGUUUGUUUUCCUAGAGGUUGGUUUUGCCGGCGGUUCAAGUUCGACGUUCAGUGUUUUUUGUUUGUUUGCGUUACGGGCGCGAGCGCUGAAACCUUUUGUUUGAAAGUUCAAUUCUAACCUAUACGAUAAGCGAGCAGUUCAGCUUCUCGGAACUAAUGGUUCGAUUAUCUCCGGAACCGGAGUAGGUGGCCACAGUACGCUACGCUAUCGGGAAUCUGCAAAACGAUAAGUUUUUAAUUGAAAUUGUUUGUUCGCUGCCCCUCGCUAUCUCGCAGUGAUCUAGAUCAGUGCGCGUUCAUGUUCAAUUGCGUGUAAUCUCGUGAAAUAAAAAAUAAAAUAAAGUAAAAAAAAAUAGUUCCGGAACCAUCCGGAACGGGCGCCGCCGUCAAAAUUGAAAAGGGAAACUAUCCGUCGUUUCUGAACCCGCUCGCGUCCUCGUACUCCGGAGCGACCCCCACCGGAACCAGCUCCGGGAACCUCGCGGCAACCGGUGGCUCCGGAGGAGCAGGUCAGAGUGGUUCCGGAGCAGCGUCGUCACUGAACGCGGCGGCGGCGGUGGCAGUGGCCGCCCAUCGGGCGCACUUUCCCUCGCUGGCGGCCAGUGGCGGAACCGGCGGCAGUGGCGUAGACUACUCCGCGCCGCACCUCAACUACCCGCACCCGCAUCACCACGCGCACGCCACUGGAAUACCAAUCAGGAUGGACUGCAGGAUGGACGACUACUCGAAGCUGUUUUAUGCGAAACAUAGUGGACUGGGAGCCGGCACCAUUACGACAAGGUGGACACCGAUGGGUCCAGGACCAACGGCUGGUUCGUUGGUCCCGGACGACACGAAUGGGUCCGGUGUCGAUGGCAACAAACACCUGGACGUCGGGGACAUGAGCGAUGACGACCAGGACCUCUCGUCGGCCGAUGCCGAAGGUGUUUGGAGUCCGGACAUCGAGCAGAGCUUCCAGGAGGCGCUCGCCAUCUACCCACCUUGCGGCAGGCGAAAAAUUAUCCUCUCCGAGGAGGGGAAAAUGUAUGGACGCAACGAACUGAUAGCCCGCUACAUCAAGCUGCGAACCGGCAAGACGCGAACGCGGAAACAGGUCAGCUCUCACAUACAGGUCCUGGCGAGACGGAAACUGCGCGAGUUCCAGGCCAAAAUGAAAGUGGACCACACCAUGCUCGGCGGAGUUUCAGCCGUCAAGGAGAAGAUGUUUGCGGGGCCGAUGGCCGGCAUGACCAGCGCCCAGAUCGUCACGGUAGCGGCAGCAGCGGCCGCCAAAGGGUUGAGCCUAGCGAGUCCUGCCUCCUGUCUUCCGUACCACCACCACCCGCACCACCACCAUCCUCACCAUCCGGUGCACCAUCACCAUGCUAGUACCUCCCACCACCACCACCUCCACCACCUUCAUCAUCCGUCCGGGACGGGGGGCGGGGCCGUCCCGCCGCCGCCUCCACCGACGGCGACACACUCUAGUCAAUUCUGGCAGCCCGGACUGCAGCCCAGCACCUCCCAGGACGUGAAACCGUUCGCCCAGGCCGCGUACGGCCCGAUGGGCAAGACGGCCACGGCCGUGUCCGACAGUGGCCUGCAGGCGGCCCACCCCUGGGAAGGCCGAGCGAUAGCGACCCACAAGUUCCGGCUCGUCGAGUACAGCGCCUACCUGGAGCUGCGCGUGGAGGAAUCUUACCACAAGCACUUGUUUGUACAUAUAGGCGACCAGCCAGCCCACCCACUGCUGGAGUCGGUCGAGGUGAAGGAGAUCUACGACAAAUUCCCGCAAAAGGCCGGCGGCCUCAAGGAGCUGUACGAGAAGGGCCCCAGCAACUCGUUCUUCCUGGUCAAGUUCUGGGCCGACCUGAAUACCAACAUUGCGAGCGACGCCGGCGCCUUCUACGGUGUCAGUAGUCACUACGAAAGCAACGACAACAUGGUGAUUACCUGCUCCACCAAGGUGUGCUCCUUCGGCAAACAGGUGGUGGAAAAGGUCGAAACCGAGUACUCCCGCUUCGAGAACGGCCGGUACGUGUACCGGAUCAGCCGGUCGCCCAUGUGCGACUACAUGAUCAACUUUAUCAACAAGCUGAAGCACCUGCCCGAGAAGUACAUGAUGAACAGCGUGCUGGAGAACUUUACCAUCCUGCAGGUCAUCUCCAACAAGGAAACGGACGAAACGUUGCUGUGCGUGGCGUUCGUGUUCGAGGUGUCGACGUCGGAGCACGGCGCCCAGCACCACAUCUACCGCCUGGUGAAGGAAUAGCAUGAGAUCAAUAGCGGCGCUAGC